UGGGUGUGGUGACGAGACCGCUUGUGAAAAUUGGCUCUCAGCUCGCGUGAGGGGUGCGUGGCCCUUUAAAUGUGUUUAAAAUUUAGUUCAGAUUAAUUUUAAAUGCAUUGAAUGUUAUAUUUGCUCUUGUCAACAUGCGAGGGUUCUGAAGACAGCCCAAUUCCGACCAAGCCAGCCGGAUUCAGGUCCAGCGUGUUGUCGUCUGAGGUGUAGGUCAAACAGGAACAAUGAGUGAGUUGGAACAGUUACGACAGGAAGCAGAACAGCUUCGCAACCAGAUCCGGGAUGCCAGAAAAGCCUGCAGUGACUCCACACUUUCACAGAUGACAGCGGGUUUGGACUCAGUGGGGCGGAUACAGAUGAGAACGAGACGCACACUCAGAGGUCAUCUUGCCAAAAUCUACGCCAUGCACUGGGGCAGCGACUCCAGGUUACUUGUCAGUGCCUCCCAAGAUGGCAAGCUGAUCAUAUGGGACGGUUACACGACCAACAAGAUGCAUGCUAUUCCCCUGCGCUCCUCCUGGGUGAUGACCUGUGCCUAUGCCCCAUCGGGGAACUACGUGGCCUGUGGAGGUCUCGACAACAUCUGCUCCACCUACAGCCUUAAAACACGUGAGGGCAACGUCAGGGUCAACAGAGAACUGGCUGGACACACAGGUUAUUUGUCCUGCUGUCGAUUUCUUGAUGACAAUCAGAUCAUCACCAGCUCCGGUGACACCACAUGUGCAUUGUGGGAUGUUGAGACGGGACAGCAGACCACCAGUUUCACAGGACACACAGGUGAUGUCAUGAGUCUGUCGGUCAUCCCAGACUUGAAGACAUUUGUGUCUGGGGCCUGCGACGCCUCUGCCAAACUGUGGGACAUCAGAGACGGGAUGUGUAGGCAGUCUUUCAUGGGCCACGUCUCCGACAUCAAUGCCGUCUGCUUCUUUCCUAAUGGAAAUGCCUUCACUACGGGCUCAGAUGACGCCACCUGCAGGCUGUUUGACCUGCGCGCAGACCAGGAGCUGAUGAUGUACUCUCACGACAACAUCAUCUGCGGCAUCACCUCUGUGGCCUUCUCCAAAAGCGGACGCCUCCUGCUGGCCGGAUAUGAUGACUUCAACUGCAACGUCUGGGACACUUUAAAAGGCGAGCGUGCAGGUGUUUUGGCCGGUCAUGAUAACCGGGUGAGCUGUUUAGGAGUGAAUGAUGAUGGAAUGGCUGUAGCCACGGGCUCAUGGGACAGUUUUCUUCGGAUCUGGAACUGAGAGUACUCUUAAAAUCUCCAGGUGCCAUCUCUCCACAGCAGUUCCUCUGUAUUCCAGUUAUUACACAUGAUUUUCAGUACGAAAUAUAAUCCUGUGGAAGAGACGUUCGUCAUUAUCGACCACAGAAAUCAUAAGAAGUGUCAUUGUGUUAUAUGUAAAUAUACAUGUAUAUGAAUAUAGAUAUGGUAUAUAUGUACAGCAUUAUGUGUAUGUAUAUACCAUAUAGUAUAUACAUACAUAGUGUUCAUGUAUAUAUUUUUCUAAUUGAUCAUUCGCCCAUAAUUGUUUUUUUUAAUCUUUCAUUUUCUUGUUGUUUUUGUAUUUUUUAUUUUGUGUAAAUAGAACACAACGCUAAACAUGACAGAACGUUUAUCAAACAGAAGUGUGUAUUACAAAAACUUUGCACAUUUCUGGAGGUGUCGGUGCGUUGGAACGGUGUCAAACAUAUCAUGUGUCUUUAUGCAGAUAACCUCCGUACAUGCCAUCUGUACAUUACAUAUUUUCAUUUUAAUCCACUAAAUCAAUCAUCAUUUAUUGGUGCUUGAGGGUGUUUGCAAAAAAGUAUUUUCAUGGCCUUGACCUUGUAUUUUAAAUUUGAAGCGUUACAACGCCUUGUUUUACUGAAUGAUAAAGAAAACAAUCUGUCUGCCCUCCAAUUUGAGCCUUUAAUACUAGUGAUCAAAGCAGACUUAAUCUUAUACCUGGUGCUUACAAACAAAAAUAUGUGCUUUGAAUUAAUUGAUAACACUUUUUUUUUUUUAUUUUCAUUGUAUUUUUUUUUUAGAAAUGGCCCCAGCCCCCCUUUUAUAAAUUAGUUGAAGUGUUGCAGUAUAUGAUGAAUCUAGUAUUAGUAAUUAAAUUUUGUUCAAAGAAAAUGAACCGUAUUUUAGGACCAUUUAGAUUUUGUGCAUUGUAACAUUUCAUGACAUUUAAGCACAUUUUCCCUUAAUUCUUCUAAUGCGUAUGAAUGUUUUAGUUGUAUUUGUUUUUAUAAAACCUCUUAUUCCCAGUGGUAAUUCUCCAUUAUGUAAUGCAACAUUUUCUUUCAUGAAAAUCAGUAGAGCAAAAACUACUAUACUGUAUAAGUACUUUACAAUUUUAAUAAUAUAUAAUUAUUGUUUUUCGCAGUAAUGCGAUUGGUAGGCAUGUGCUUAAUUGUCAUGAAAACGAUUUCACUUUGCAAAAAAACGUAAUGGUUCUUCUGAAAAUAGGUGUCAUUUUCUUUAAGCGAAACACAAUUUCUUUCUUUUGAUUUUGGGGUGUAAUAUGUCCCAGAUGUUCUUGACAGUUUUGAGAUUCACCCAUGAUGAACUUUUGAGUUUGUCAUAAAAACACCGAGCAUUUAAUCAGUUCACUCUUUUUCGCCAUAUUUAUAAGUGCCAGCAGUUCUGACAGUAUGUUACUGUAUUUACUCGUGCACUCCAGGUUGUGGCAAAAAUGAUAUUUGUGCUAUUGUUAACUCUCUUAACACCUCGUAUAACUGUGAAAUAGCAUUUUAAGAACUUUUUCAGAUGUUUGUUAUUUUGUUUUAUUUUUGUUA